UGAAAAUAAAAACACUUAUUUCAAAGUUGGAAACAACGUGGAGAUGUCAUGAACCUUAUAUUAAUGUUUACCAGCAGUCAAAGAAUUCAAAACCAUCUUAUACAACAUCUAGUGCAGCAGAUUUUAUUCCAGUCAAUUCUGCAUUGGGAGGAGAAGAACAAAAUGUUAACUCUGGGAAAAAUUCUGAAAAAAAAGAAAAUAAAUUGAGGAACAUUCAACCAAAUAGAUCAAAUGUUUCUGUAGUUGAGAUUUCAGAUGAAGAAAACAGUGUUCUACAUAUUAGUGACCAUGAUUUGUCUUCAACUGAUAAUUCAAAUGAUGCAUCUAAUACCAUUGACCAAUCAGUGAGGCCAAAAGAUCAUGUCAGGUUCUGUUCUGAAUUGUAAUGGUAUAUUUGAUUCCACAGAAUUGUUUGAUAGACACAUGAAUAACUUUGAACAUUCUCCAAUGGAUCCAUGGGGUGAACACAGUGAAAAUAAAGAUAUCUCAAGUGACAUUGUGAUGUGUCCUGAAUGUGGACAAGUAUUUAAGCAAAGAGAAGCCUGUUUACACCAUAUAAAAGAUAAGAAGCAUGUUUAUCCACUGACUCCCCUACCAGUACAUGGAUACCUCUGUCGGUCAUGCCUCAUGUUGUUCCCUACAGAUGAAGAAUGUGUAUCUCACAUAACUACUCUCAAUCAUAACUCUACAGCUUUUCCAUUUUCUGAUGACAUGAAAGGUAUGUUUACUAGACUUACAGGAAUACCAGUUUCAAAGAAAUUUGUAGAAGAUUAUUAUAAAAAAUGUAUGUCGGCUGAUUUCCAUAUAGUUUGUUUUGAUUGUGAAAUACCUAUUAAUGGACACAGAGAACUGCAGCAGCACUUGGAUGAAACUAGACUUGGGCACAGUUUUAUGGCACUAACUGAAAUGACACUGAUGGAUAUUUUUACUGGUUAUUUAUAUACUCACAAAUGUUCAACAUGUCAUGCAGCUGUGGAAAAUCCCAAAAUAAAUGGUGGAUUUCAUAGUUGUAAUAAAGAAAUAGCAGGGAAAAUUGUAACUACUGGUUGUAACUCAUUCAAAGCCUUGGUGCUGGGUCAUUGUGUUAGGUUAGAACAGGAUAAUAUCACCGAAGAUGAAAUUAGAAUAAGUGAGGCAUCAAACAGAGCAAUGGAAUUGGACCUUCAAAAUAUUAGAACUAACAUGACUAAGUUGCAGAAAUGUGAAAAAGUUAUGCCAUCUAAUAAAGUGGCAUAUUCAUGUGUAAACCCUGGACCUUCUAACAAUCUUUCUUAUUCAUGUAAAAAACCUGGACUCUCCAAUAAUUCAAAGUCUUUUAAACGAAAAUCUGAUGACAAGUUUACAAAUCAGUCCAAAAAUAAUGAAAUUGAAGAUGAAUAUAAAUCAAAUAAGCAUUCCAAAAGAAUAAAGAAAAAGGAAUAUUCUGGUGAAACAGAGACAUCAUUUAGAAUGGAUUUGGCUCUUAGUGAUUACAGCAGUAUAAUUGAUCAUGCCUACCUAAAAACAAUGACCAAUAUCAUAUUUUUAGAUUUAGACAAUUGGGGAGGUUUUUUCCCAAAGUUACCAUACAGAUUACCUGAACGAUUCUUUGUGUGGGCUUUUUAUGGAGGUAACACACGGUGGAAUGAGCCAUAUCAGUGUGCAGCUUAUCAAUAUCAAGUACGUGAAAAUCUUUUCUAUCUUCAUGAUCGUUGUGGAACAAGAAGAGACGCUACAGACUUUGCCAUAUGUUUAACGAUUGGUCAAAUGGACAUGGUAUUACCACCAACUGUCCAUUUCACAAUACUUUCUGGUGAUAAAGGAUUUAUGGAAAUAGAAAGACAGAUGAAAGGUUGCAAGCGUAAGGCAGUGGUCAUAGAUCCACAUGAGGCAAUGAAAAUGUCAAGACAUGCUCUUUAUACUAUGCUAGUUAGUGUAGGGCAAACAUGAAGCAUAUGUGUUAUGCUACAAUUACUAUCCAAGCAGUAAUGCACACCAUGGGAAUGAUAAGUCAAGCCAAGGCUAAAGUUGAAGCAAUUGUGAUUAUGCUAACUUGUCUUGGAAUUAAAAAUAAAGAACAAUAGCUUUCAUUGACAAUAUUAAGAUUAUGGAAAAUGGACCAAUAUAUCUGAAAAAGCAGCAGGUGGCAGAAACAUCAUUGAUAUAGGCAUAAAAAAAAUUGGCAGUGGUGUUUUAUAUAACAUAGAUUUGAUAUUUUGGAAGUGAAAGCUGGCAAUGCCUAUUAGAAAAAGCUUUGAGAAGCCAUUAAAUAUGGUCUUUUCAGGAUCAAGUUUAAU